UUUGUUUUCUAGACCGACACAAUGAACUUCAUGGAUGAGGUACCUUUCAAAAUUGCAUCUGGGAUUCUCAAGGAACCAGCUGAAGAGCCUGUACUAAUACCACUGCCAGGUUUCAGCAUUUCAGACUUUCCCAGCAUUCUCAGAGAAAUACAGUAUAACUUCACUAUGGAGAGAUGGGUCCUUCAGUCAUUUACAGAUGACAGCCAGACUUCCACUUCUGAAACCAGUGCCAUUCUGGAGGCUAUGCCAUCAGCUCCUUCAUUCUUGCUAAUGAUUUUCAGCAAAGAUGCCAACAGUAAUUCAAAGAUAAAGAACAAUUAUACUACAACAGCUCUGAGAUCCAGGAGUCAAAGUUUAAAUGCUACUGAUGUAAAGUGUUACCACCCAAGGGUCAGAUUUAUGGCCAAAAGUUCUGAAAGUGAUGAUGGUUACUCUGAAGAUGAUGAAUGCUCCUCUUCUGAUGACUGGGAAGAUACUAUCUUGCAACCUCCAGGUCUAGUGAAAAGUGCUUACAAGAGGGCUUUUUCAAACAGUCGGUUACUGAAAAAGACUGAUCUCAAACCAAAAACAUCUCAAUAUUUAUCUAGUCUGUCCUCUCCAGAUGGCUCAAGUAUGCAAAGAAGAAGUGUCAUCUUUUCAUCUCAAAAGGUUUAUCAUGACAAUGAAAAAAACGCUUUAUCAAUGAUGGAAGAACAUACAAGAUGGCACCAUUCCUGCUGCCAACAGAAAUGGCCCAAGAGAAGACUACCAUCUCUGCAUCGCAGUGGUGAAAACUGUUCUUUGGGUUCACUAACACCACAGCCUCCAUCUUCCCCACCAUCUAUGCACCUCAAGCCACGUCCCUGCACUGCUGGUCAUAUCCCAGAUGUUAGAAAUCAUAAACCAAAAUUUGCAUCCUUUAGUUCCUAUUCCUGCCUUCCUCCACUGCCUUCCAUGUGUCACUCUGCUUGUCCUUUCAUUUCUCGCUCAGACACAUCAGCAGACUUACUACUUGCACUCAGCAAGGAGGAGCAGGAUCUGCUGAAACCAGUUUUAGAGCUGAGCUAUCCUAUGUCCAGAGCCAUCCGGGCUCUUCAGAAGAUUGGCCGGCAGAGUUCUGCACAGAUUCUUAGUUAUUUGAUGGCCUGUGACAGAUUUUGCAAGCAAGGUUAUGAGGAAUCACUGGUUGAGGAAGCCCUGGAAAUGUUUCAAUAUUGUGAGAUAAAGGUAGAUGAAUUCUUGCAUCUGGUGACUGAGUUUACUGAAAUGGGAUUUCCACUAAAUGCAGUUAAAGAGGUCCUGCUUGUUCAUGAAAACCACAGUGAAAAAGCUUUGGAGGAAUUAGUGUCCCAAAUUGAAUGGUGAAAAACAAUGAAAUAUAAUUGAAAACAUUGCUUUUUGCACAACUUUUAAAAUAAUACUGGACUCCCUAAAAUGAAUUACUGGCAAAUGUUUUUGUCGAAAUCCAUUAGAUUUCUGGUAAACUAUUGUUAGAAUAAAUACUGAGGAUAAAAUAUUGGUAAAAUUAA